CAUGUACAGGCCAUGAGAAUUACUUGGGUGUUGAAAAAACGUUCGCUUUCUCAUUGGAAAUUCCCUCGAGUGUGAUUUUUUUGUGUGUGUUUUCGUUGUGUAGUUUAUCCACCACUCGCCGAGAUGACGGACGAGGACAAAGCCAAUUCCUGGAAGCCUGGUCAGAGAAAGAAAAAAAGCGAAAAAGUCGAUUCAACUUGGAAUCCGAAAAGUAAACUUCUGUACUCUCCAUCACGGGAAUUCAGACCUGUUCGUCAGACAGCCAGACGAAACACCGCUGGCAGUUUACUGAACUCGCCACUCGAGGAAAGUGCGCCUACGGGAAUCUUCUCUACCGGUGGAGAUUUGAAAAGCAGUGACAAAGGAGGCUGUGGCGAAAGUAACGCAACGGCGCUUAACGGAAGUGAAUCGAUUCCAGUAACGAAUUCCGCGCCCAGUGCCUCAAAACCUGACAGUAACGUUAAAGGUAAGACUGAGUUUUGCCCUUGUUUAAAACCUAUAGCGAUAUUCUAUAAUAAAAAGACUGUUCUGUGCCAAAGAUUUCCUACACAUAAAAAGGAACAAAAGAAGGCAUCGUUUUCUCAUACUGGAAAAGGAGGAAGAACGAUUAUUACUGAAAAAUAUAGUUUUUGUCUCGAAGUGUGAAAGGGUUCAAAAAAGACUGUGUUCGUUACGGGA